AUGGACGAGGCGACCGAGCUCCAGGCGGUGCUGCAGGCCCUCGCUGUCGCCGUUGAUUGGCGGACGGAUCAGGCGUCUCGUGCUGCGGCCACGGAAUUUCUCGAGAAGCUCAAGACAGAGGAGGAGCCGCACCGACAGGCGUCCCUAGCAGCUCACCUGGUGAACGGCGGUCAGCCCGAGCAUGCCCGCCUAUUCGCCUUCCAGCUGCUGCAGAACGUGGCGCGCAACAAGUGGCAGCAGUUCCCUGCGGACGAGCGCCGCAGGCUGGCAGUGUACGCGUUCGACCUGCUCAGGCGCUGCUCUGACACUACUGGCGAGCCUUGGUCCAUCCGCAGCAAGGCGGCUGCCCUCUUGGCUGAUAUUGUGAAGCAUGAGGGGUCGGACCUCUGGAAGGAGAUGCUGCCGUCUCUGCUUGCUCUCUCUGCUGCCAGCCCCGUCCAUGCAGAGACGGUGGCUCUUGUGCUGCAGUUUGUGCCAGAGGACGUGACAGUCCAUAACGAGGAUAUAGAAGGCAACAGGAGGCGUCAGCUGUUGCUCGGCCUUACAGCGACUCUGCCGCAGAUUCUCCCCUUCCUCUACUCGCUCCUAGAUUCCAACUUCGCAGCAGCACUGGCGGACAUGCAGCAGAGCAAUGUGGAUGCAGCGAGGCAGCAUGCAGCAGCCGUGACAGCAGGCCUGGCAGCACUGGGAGCGUAUGCAGAGUGGGCGCCUGUGCCUGCUAUCGCCUCUGCUGGUUUGCUGAAUGCCUGCGGUUUCCUCCUUGGUUCGCCUGAUUUCCGAAUGGGAGCAGCGGAUUUCUUCAAGCACCUGGCGGCCAGGCGCUCCCCUUCAGACGACCAGGAUGCAUUCAAUGCCGCCAUGACAUCAGUGGCCGACUCCCUCGUCUCUGCAGCUGACGCCUCUCUCGAUCGCAUCACUGCCUCCACAGGCUCCACCCCUGCUUCCUCUCCAAGGGAAGCAGGGGGGCAGGCGGGCGGGAUGGCAGCAGGGGGGGGCGCGAGGGGAGGAGGGGGGCGGGGGAGGUGGAUGAGGGGGAGGUGGCGUUUGCAGAGCGGCUGUGUGAGGCGAUGGUGGCGUUUGCCCCGUCGAAUCUAA